AUGCCCUUCAUCCCACGCAAAGCAGCGUUUACUGCCGCAAAGCGAUUCUACUCGGCCUCUCACAUCUCCGCCCCGGCCUCAGGCCUCCGCAUCAACGCCGACAGACUCCAGGAGACAAUCCAUCACACGUGCCAAUGGGGAGCAGCUCAUCGAUAUGGAAGCGGCCCAACGGAGACGGGCACGUCGCGGCUUUCGCUUUCCGAUGAUGACGCCCAGGCUCGCCGUUGGUUUGCCGAAGAGACGAAGAAGCUGGGCUGCAACUUGGUCGUAGAUCAGCUCGGCAACAUGUUCGCCAGCAGACGAGGGUCAACACCCAAUCCAACCCCCAUGAUUGCCAUGGGAAGCCACCUCGACACUCAACCGCGAGGUGGCCGAUACGACGGUAUCUUGGGAGUUGUGGCUGCUGUCGAGGUGUUGCGGACGUUUGCAGAGAAUGGAUACAAGACUCAUCACGACGUUGGAGUUGUCAAUUGGACAAACGAAGAAGGUGCCAGGUUUCCCAAGUCGAUGAUGGCUUCUGGUGUCUGGGCCGGUAAGAUUCCGCUCGAACAAGCCUACUCGCUAGCCGAUAUCUUCGAUCCAUCUAUCACAGUCAAGUCAGAGCUGCAGAGACUGGGCUACAUCGGAGACGUCGCCUGCUCAUCCACCGGGUAUCCCUUGGGAGCCCACUUCGAACUGCACAUCGAACAGGGCCCGAUCCUCCAAGAUACCGGUAAGAAAAUUGGCGUCGUCCAGGGCGGCCAGGCAUACCGCUGGCUCACCGUCACCGUCGACGGCCGCGAUGCUCACACGGGAACGACGCCUCUCAAGUCUCGCAGCGACCCCCUGCUGGCAGCAUCUAAGAUGAUCGUUGCCUCCAACUCCAUCGCAAAGUCCCUCGGCGCGCUGGCAUCCACCGGCGUCUUCAAGAUUCCCCCAAGCUCUUCCACCAAUACGAUUGCCUCACAGGUGACCUUUACCCUCGAUAUCCGCCAUCCCGACGACAUGGUAGUCGACCAAGUGGAGAGCCUCUGCUUCGAGGCCUUCAAAGACAUCGCCAGGCAAGACGGUCGCGGCGUUCAAGUCAACUGGACCGUCGAUACAGACUCUCCCGCCACAAAAUUCGACCCGGACUGCAUCAAGAUGGUCGAGAAGGCUGCAACGGAUCUUGUGGGAUCCGACGGCUGGCUGCACAUUACCAGCGGAGCCGGCCACGACAGCGUCAAUACCAGUGGCCGAUGCCCCACGACAAUGAUCUUUGUUCCCUGCAAAGAUGGCGUCAGUCACCACCCUGAGGAGUACUGUAGUCCAGAGGAUUGCGCUCUUGGAGCCCAGACACUUCUCGAAUCAGUGGUGAAUUACGACAAGUUCAAGGCUGGGCAGUGA